CUUUUCUUACUUGUUUCUUUUUUAUUUAUUUAUCCUCUCUUACGUGAAUAACAUGGUCAUAGCUCAAGUUCAGAAACCAGCUCCCAGUUUUACGUCUGUGGCUGUUGUGGAUGGAGAAUUUAAAGAUAUUUCGAUUGCAGAUUAUUUAGGAAAAUACGUUGUCUUGUUUUGGUAUCCACUGGAUUUUACAUUCGUGUGUCCCACCGAAGUCAUUGCGUUUAGUGACGCCUAUAAUAGGUUUAAGGCUAUAGACUGUGAAUUAAUUGCAGCCUCCUGUGAUAGUGAAUAUACUCAUCAUGCAUGGCUUGAAACACCGCGCCGCCGAGGAGGAUUGGGACGGGAGACACGUAUCCCUAUCAUAGCGGAUAAGACAAGGCGUAUCGCCAAAUCUUAUGGUAUUUACAUUGAAGAAGAAGGUAUUACGCUCCGGGGUCUGUUUAUUAUUGACCCAAAGGGAAUUGUGCGUCAAAUCACGAUCAAUGAUUUACCAGUGGGACGCAAUGUGGAAGAGGUUUUACGGCUAGUGGAGGCCUUCCAAUUUACUGAUAAACAUGGUGAAGUAUGUCCUGCUAAUUGGGUCGCCGGAUCAAGAGCUAUUACACCUGAUACGAAAGAAGCACGAAAGUAUUUCAAUGAUACUAACUAAAAGGUUAUUUUAAAUCACCGGCACCCUUCCUCAC